ACUUUCUCUGAGCCAUCUCAGGCUAAACUUCCACGAUCCUUGGCGACGAAGACUGCGACAUAGCAAUGUCGGUCCUCUCAUAUGUCGUCAAACCCUUGGCUUAUAUCUCUGUGCCCAUGUACCUUCUCUCCAAAUUUGUUAAAGUUUCUCCUUUCGCGCGGUACUACAUUCGUUUGGGACUCUAUCUUUCGACGUUGGGAAUUUGUUCAAUAUGGGGUGCAGUCUGCUCAGUAGGGAUGAGUUUGAUAGGACAGAGGUUUAACGCAAACUUUGUUACCGCAAGGUCAUUCUACAAUCUUGCUAGCCCGGUGGUCGAUAUUCGAAUCGAGAUGGAAGGCGAGGAACAUUUGGAAAAUAGACCUGCGGUGAUCGUUGCAAAUCAUCAAAGUAUGCUGGAUAUCUUAAUGCUUGGACGAGUCUUCCCCAAACGGGCUUCGAUCAUGGCGAAGAAGGAAUUGCAAUGGGUUCCUCUGCUUGGUCAAUUUUUGCAAUUCUCUGGGGCCAUCUUCGUGGACAGAGGCAAUAGCGCACAAGCUAUACGCUCACUCACGGCAGCCGGAGAGACCAUGAAGGCUCGUAAUCAAUCCAUUUGGCUCUUUGCUGAAGGAACGCGUUCCAUGCGUCCAUAUCACGACAUGCUACCAUUCAAGAAGGGCGCAUUCCACCUGGCUGUCAAUGCCCAAGUACCGAUCGUACCAGUGGUUGUAGAAAACUAUUACAAGCUCUAUCGUCAAGGCGUCUUCGAAAGUGGUGUGAUCAAAGUGAAAGUGUUACCACCUAUUCCAACGACUGGUCUCACCGCACAAGAUGCUGGACCACUGAGCUCUCGUGUACAUGACCUCAUGGUAGACACUCUCCGACAGAUAUCAGGACCGGUUCCGCCAUCUGCAUACCCAGCUGAUUACAAACCCUCGACCCCAUCUUCCCCACCUUCAAUUCCAUCCAAUAUACCUCCUUCCCAGGCACAGAUCAAACAACAACAAGCGCAAGACCCGCUGUCCGUAAUACCUAUACCAAUAGAAUCCGACCCCACGUCGACUUCUCCAUAUACUGAAUCUAGAUCAGAAAGUCGCGCCUCUACUUAUGGCAGUGACUUCCCUCCUGGUUCGCCUGCCCUGAGCCGGUUUGGAGGAAGUGAGAAUGGUGUAGAGACAGAAGAAGACGAGGGUAUGGUCUUGGUUGGACGACCACAAUCAUAACAAACCUCGAAGACAAUGUGACGAUGUGACGAUGACGAGUAAUAGGAAGGUUACAAUGAAGGGGAUACAAGUACUUCCUCUCCUUUUGCUUUAGAUCUAAUGCCUGUUUAUGAAGAGCGCAGAUCUUGGGUUUCAUCUAUAAUAUUCGAUCCAUGCCUUGUCUUCUAUGGAAACUUCUACUCAGGCACUUACUCUGUGGCAUUUGGACUUGGUAAUUACAGCUUCCCUAGACAGAGCCUUAGAUGACCUGGACACGACACUACUUAUGUCGAUUGUUCACAAGUUACUGCCCUUCCGUGUUCGGUCGUCUUUCGUUUC